UUUUUUUUUUGCCUUGUACAACACAAUACAAGAGUUCGAUACACGUCCAAAGUGAGGAGAGGACUGCGGUAUUGAGCUGCCCUGCUAUUAUCUGAACGGACUGAAGGACCUACAGCUCUCUAUAUAUCCUGGAAGAGGUGAUGACGUGCCGCCGUGGAUACAUCUGUGUUGUUCUUCUCUGCUGGAUUUCUUCCCGCACCCGCGGUGCUGGCGUUGUCAGACGUGGAUUACUAUGGCGGAUCUGGAUGCCGCCAACUCCGACGACUCGCGGUUUUUUUGGAGCCAGGUGUCUGUAUUUGAUUUCUGGUUUUUGCAGUUAAGGUACGUUGACGCUGCUUGUAUUCGGGUUUCUUCGUCAUUUUGUAUGGGUGUUCAGGUGGUGGUUUUGGGUGCAGGGAUUUCUGUGUAUUUGCGUAUGUACUUGUCAAUACCCCUUUUCUUUCACGAUCCCGGCGGAUCCUCGAAAUUAUAUGUCAGGGAACAUUCAAGUAUUGGUCUCCAAUCUCGAGGAACUUACCUACGGUAGGUAUACUGUACAGAACAUGGAUUACGUACG